CUUGUUAGUGGACGAUACCACAGAAGCGUUCCCGCCAACAGCUGAGUUAUGGAUGAUGAGUACGACGUUGUUGUUUUAGGGACAGGUUUAAAAGAAUGUAUACUUAGCAGCCUAAUGUCUAUGGAAGGGAAGAAAGUCCUCCAUAUUGACAAAAACAGUUACUACGGUGGUGAUAUCACAUCCGUAAAUAUCGACUCCCUGUUCCAGUACUUCAACGUUGAAACAGACAUUUCUAAAUACCAUCGUGCUAAGGACUGGAAUGUUGAUCUGAUCUCGAAGUUUCUAAUGGCGAAUGGAAAAUUGGUUCAAAUCCUUGUUCAUACUGGUGUGACGCGAUACUUAGAGUUUAGAAGUGUAGAAGGAAGCUAUGUUUAUCACUCAGGUUCUGUCUACAAAGUACCAUGUAACGAAAGUGAAGCACUUAGUACAAAACUAAUGGACCUUUUCGAGAAGCGUCGGUUCAGAAAGUUGUUGGUCUGGAUGAUGAAUAUUGAUGUAGAUAACCCGUCAACAUGGAACUAUGUUUAUCCUCCACCAAUGGAUAUCAAAAAGGAUACUAUUUCUCACGCCUUCAAUAGUUUUAAUAUCAAUAAAGAAACCCAAAAUUUUAUAGGGCAUGCAAUAUGUUUGUUCCAAGAUGAUUCAUACAAAGAAAGUGUUCCUGCUAUCGAGGUGAUAAGUCGUAUGCAACUGUAUAGUCAGUCCGUUUGUCGAUUCGGUAAAUCACCAUAUCUCUAUCCCCUCUAUGGACUGGGGGAAUUGCCUCAAGCGUUCGCUCGCUUGUGCGCUGUGUACGGUGGGACUUAUAUGCUCAAUAAACCGAUUGAUGAACUAGUGAUGGAAAAAGGAAGAGUUGUUGGAGUCAAAUCAGAUAAUAAAAUUGCAAAAUGUAACAUGGUUAUUUGUGAUCCAAGUUAUGUGCCCACUAUGGUAAAAAAAGUCGAUCAAGUUGUUCGUGCUAUCUGCAUUCUGACACAUCCGAUUCCGGAAGUACAAAACUCUCUAUCAACCCAAAUUAUUAUUCCUCAAAGUGAAGUUAAUCGAAAACAUGAUAUUUAUAUUACAUGCGUAUCUCAUCAGCAUAAUGUCUGUCCUGAAAAUUUCUUUGUGGCACAUGUUGCAACAAUCGUUGAAACAUCUUCUCCAGAGAAAGAGCUCGAACCUGGUUUAAAACUUCUUGGAACUAUUGAACAAGUGUUUUAUUCUGUACAGGAUCUUUUUGUGCCAACAGACGACGGUCGUGAAUCUCGGGUUUUCAUUUCGUCAAGCUAUGAUGCUUCUACACAUUUUGAGUCUACUUGUGCUGAUGUUUUAGAUUUGUAUGAACGUGUAGUUGGAAAACCGUUUGAACUAAGUAAAUUAAAGAGGUAUGAAGAGGUUGAAAUGUCAAUGUGAUAUGCUUACUUUUUAAUUUAAUUUUCAGUUGCAUAACGUUUCGCUUUAAAUGUAUAACUAACAUAAAUUACCUCACUAAUUCUCUUAUCGGAUAUAUAUAUAUCUUCAAUAUUUAUGUUUUUCAUUUUAACUGAUCUCCUAAGCUAUCUAACAAAUUCAAUGUAUUUCCGGUGUUCAAAUUGAAGUGUGAAUGUCUUUGUUUAUCAUGGUUUCAUCUAACUCGUUGCAAAUGUGAUUUCAUUUGUGUGUCUCUCAAUUUAUAGUGAUUUUUCCCUUAAUAAUAGUUUUAAGUUGAAUUACAAUCACCUGUGUUUUUUCUACUCGACCUGAUUUAAUAAUUCUUCCUGUGAUAGUAAUCUGCGAGCGAUCAUGUAAUAGUUCAGUAAUCUAGUCAUAAUGUGUAUUCCUUUUGUCUCAUCACUUGUCUCUAACUGUGUAAACUGAUUUAGUUUUAACUCUAACUCAUUAGAUCUAUUAUAUGAAAGUGAUUCGUAAACUGUAUAUUAUCCUAACAAAUAGAUAGGUACUUGUCUUUUGAAAGAUCUAAAUAGAUGAAUUAUCAACUC